CUGUCGCGGGGCAACUUUGCGGUAAUGUUUACCAAACUUGCAUCGUUAUAUAAUAUCUUGUUUCCUCACUCUGUUUGCCUUAUACCCAUAUCUCAAAGUCUAAACUGUGACCUGCCUGUUUGUUUGCAAAUAAAGACUGAUUCUUGCGAAUUUACUUGAUCAAUUUGUUGAUUCGACUCAUGAAAAGCCAGAAAAAACAAUAACUGAUCUCCCCGACAACGAGCGCAAAAGCCCUGCUUUAUAGCAAGGCCCAAAACCACAAUGGCAGACGCAGGUGCUAAACCAGCCCAGAAUGGCACAGAAAGACAUGAAGAGUACCAAUAUCUCGAUCUUGUGCGCGAGAUACUCGACAAUGGCGAGCACAGGCCAGACAGGACCGGCACGGGCACAUACUCCAUCUUCGCACCGCGCCCCCUCAAGUUCUCCCUCAACAAGGACGGCACGCCAAUCCUCCCUCUGCUGACGACGAAGCGCGUCUUCUCGCGGGCCGUGAUCCUCGAGCUGCUGUGGUUCGUGUCGGGCGCGACGUCGGCGAAGCCCCUGAGCGACGCCGGGGUCAAGAUCUGGGACGGCAACGGCAGCCGUGAGUUCCUGGACGGGCUGGGAUUGCAGCACCGCGAGGUGGGCGACCUGGGCCCCGUCUACGGCUUCCAAUGGCGCCACUUUGGCGCCGAAUACACCGACUGCCACGCAGACUACACGGGCCAGGGCGUCGACCAGCUCGCCGAGGUCGUGCACAAGCUCCGCACGAACCCGUACGACCGCCGCAUGGUUCUUAGUGCUUGGAACCCCAAGGACCUCAAGCUUAUGGUCCUGCCGCCGUGCCACAUGUUUGCGCAGUUUUACGUCUCGUAUCCCAAGGCCGGCAGUGACAGCAACGGCAACGGAAACACCACAGAAGGCGCGGACCAGACGUCAUCGCCAUCCAAGCCAAAGGGCCACCUCCACUGCCAGCUCUACCAGCGGUCCUGCGACAUGGGCCUAGGCGUGCCCUUCAACAUUGCCAGCUACGCACUGCUGACGCACAUGAUUGCGCGUGCCACGGGUCUAGUGCCCGGGUCGCUGACGCACGUCAUGGGCGAUGCUCACGUCUACGCCGACCACGUCGACGCACUCCGGACGCAGCUGGAGCGCGAGCCGAGGCCGUUCCCCGAGCUCGAGAUCAACAGGCCCGAGGUCCCGGAGGGUGGCGACGGCGUCAUUGACGGCUGGAAGCUCGAGGACUUUGUCAUCAAGGGGUAUGACCCGCACAAGGCUAUUGCUAUGAAGAUGUCUGUCUGAGCUUAAGCUGUUGGGCGGGCUUUUCUUGUUUCAUGAAUAUAAUGACUGUGUUUGGGAUGGCUCAUCAUUGGCGGUUUGGGUACGUUUGAUAGAGUAUAUACCAGUAGACUUGACUUGACUGCGACACUGGAAAUAUAUUGUGUAAUUCUGCAUCCCGUUGAACUCUUUUUGAAACGCUAUGAUGCUGUGGCUGCGGAC